AAAUGGAAGACCAGCCCGCAUUUAAUUUAAGAGGUGAUCAGAAAGAUCUAGAAAAUCCUUUUAGUGAAGAAGAUCUUAAUGAUCUUGAGGAUGUUGUAGAAGAGCAAUGGGAGCCAUACCAAGGAGAACCUCUUGAUAAUGGACCCAACACUAAAGAUCUUGUAAAUAAUCCAAUGGAUUCUUCUCAAAACCCUCAAGGGGAAAACCAAAAUGGAGAUGCUGCUCAAGUUCAACCUUAUGAGGGUGACUCAAUUGGUAAAGAAACUGAGCAAGAGAAGAUGUUGAGAGAACUUGCUGAGAAAAAGAAAGAAAUGGAAGAAAAUAAACGUCAAGAAUACAUAGAGAAACAAAGAAAAUAAGAGGGAAUACGAAAACGAUAAUAUUGCUGACCUUGAUAUUAAAUACAAAACGAGGCUUAUAAAAGAAGAAGAGAUCAGAGAGCAAGCUAAAGGACUAAAAUUUGUGCCUUUGAAAUGUAUUGAAAGGGUUGCUAAAGCUCCUGAUACAAAUCUUGAGGAAUAUUUCACAAUGGGAAUUAUUUCUGGAAAAGCUAUCGUUCCAAUGAAGAGUAGACCAAAUGAAAAGUUUUAUAGUCUAACAUUUACUGAUCUCAAUAGAUGUGAUGACGUUAUUGCUUUACUAGAGAGAUCAAAAACGAUUUAUAAAAAUGAACUUGCUGCAUACAAAAAAUUUAAUAUCACAAAAGGUGGAUACAAAACAGUAGACUGGCUGAUCUUUAAAAGUAGCGGAUUAAAGUUUAUGGACUUUGAAGUAGGGGAUGUAGUUGCAGUCCUAAAACCAACUGUAUUCCAGAACAACGAUAGCCCUCAAUGCAAAUUUGGAAUCAAAAAUGUUUCAAAUUUCUUAAGGGUUGGAAAAUCAAAAUAUUUUAAACUUUGCAAAGACAAAAAUUGCGGGGAAUUUGUAAAUGCAAAAGAGUUCCAUCUCUGCCAAAAGCAUCAAGAUAAGGAAAUUAAAUUUACAAGACAAGAGAUCCAAGCAAAUAGAGCAUUCUGCAGAACUGAUAUUGCUUAUGAUCAUGAGUCAAGAGCAUCAAAAGAAGCCAAUAGAAGGAAGAUAGCAAAAAUGGGAUUUGUGAGAUCUUCUGAUAUGGAAAUCACAAAUUACUCAAAACCUUUAAAACCUGCUCCUUUUAGAGAUUUCACUGUAAGAGAAAUGCCUCCUCCACCCGUAAUGACAGAAGAACAAAAGAAGAAAGAAGAGAAAGUUGUUCUUACUGAAGAACAAAAGCAAGAGAAAAAGAGAGAAUUUAAAAGAAAAAUGAAAGAACAGAACCAAAAAGCAGAAGAAAAACUAAGCAGACUCUUCAAAUCAAGAAAUAUGAAAUCAGCAGAAGCACAAUUGCACAAAAAGGUGAAGACAAAGGAGAGAACAUUUAUUAACAAUAUCCACGCUCCUCACAAGGAAAAUAAAAAGCCUAAUUUUGUCACGAUGGAGGAAGAAGACGACAAUAUUGACAUCUCUGCUUACGCUCAUCUCCUUAAAAAGACUCCUGAAGAACCAAAGAAGCCAAAGUUUGAUAUCAAGAAAGGAAUGAGUCUUUCAGGCCUAAUGAAACAAAAGAAGUAAAUAUUAAUCCUUCUCAUAACUUGGGCUCAACA